AACAAAAGCAACCAUGGAAGCUCCUCUUCUCACCCUUUUUCUGCUUCUGUCAUUGGUUUUAUCGUCCAUUGUUUGCCUUUCAAGAGGAACCCAAGGAAUUCACGAUCCGGGUGGCAGUGAUGGUAACCGGAGAAUUCUGCAUCAGCCAUUGUUUCCGGUGGAUACGACGCCUCCACCUGCAGCACAGCCUCCUCCCCCGGUUUACCCAGGCCCAGAUGAGCCUUUCUUCCCUGAGGUUCCUACUGCGCAGAGCCCGGAUCAGACACAGACUAGUCCCCCGGCUCCUCCUGCCAAUGUCACUAUCCCUGUUUCGCCGGCCACGGCAGCGCAGCCCACUAGUCCCACCAAGAAAGUCGCAAUUGCGGUAUCGGUGGGGAUUGUGAUAUUGGGUAUGCUUUCGGCAUUUGGCUUCUUCUUGUAUCGACACAGGGUAAGACACCCGCCUGAAUCUCAGAAGCUUGUUGGUGGUGAAAACAACUCUCAGCGGUUGGCUCAGGAGCCAACUGGACCAGCCUCUGAUUUCCUCUACCUGGGAACGAUGGAGCCUUCCGAUCGUAGAAGCGGCGAGGCCGCCGUCGGCGUUAUCGACGAGGCAAAUGGGAUUUGUGGUUCACCUUACCACAAGCUAAGCUCAAUGCGAAUGUCAGAGCUUCACCGUCCAAGCCCAGAACUUCAUCCCUUACCGCCCCUGAGCAGAGCUCCACCACGCAGAAUUUCUCCUCCUCCUCCUCCACCUCCAGCCAUGUCGUCUGACGAGGAGACAUUCUACUAUACACCUCAGGGUUCAACAGCUGGGAAUGGAAGUGGUAAUAGUUAUGGUGAGAGCCCUUGCGUACCUGCUUCGCGUCAGAUUUGGCCAAAGACCAGUUCUCGUGCGAGCACUGCCACUAAAAGUAGUUUUGGUACUAGUUCUAUGUCUUCUACUUCUACUCCUCACUCUCGAAGGUCUUCUCCUAAAUCGCGUUUUUCAAUUUCUUCUUCUCCUGAAGUCAAGGGCCCCGUUACAUGCGCUGCUCCACCUCCGCCACCACCGCUACCACCACAUCCACCACCAUCACAACAGCUACGAGCUCGAAAUUAUCAACUCGAAACACCAUCACCUCACAAGGGUAAUAAGAAAUUUCUAUCGCCGCUUACCCCGACACCAAAUUUGGUGCUUCCUCCGCCAAUUAAUGAUCCAUCUCCGCAAGCAUCUAAGACCCCAGCCCCACCUCCUCCACCACCGCCGCCGCGGCCAUCGCCAGCAAUGUCAACCAAAAUACAACGUUCGGUAACAAAUAUACAAGUAACACCGGUUCGUGCAUUUCCCAGAACCGAAACUCAGAUUUCUAGCCCAAACGUCACAACAUCUGAGAAAUCGGUAUCGGUUGCAGAGGAAAAUCAGAGUGGUGGCAGUUCUUCGGAGCGGCUUAAUGGGGAAGGCGAUACAGAUGGAUCAAUCAAGCCCAGGUUGAAGCCCUUGCAUUGGGAUAAAGUAAGGGCAACUUCGGAUCGAGCCAUGGUUUGGGACCACCUGAAAUCGAGCUCAUUUCAAUUGAAUGAAGAUAGGAUAGAAAGUCUUUUUGGCUGCAACACCACAAAUACAGUUCAUAAAGAAGCCACUAGAAAAUCAGUUCUCCCUCCCAUGGAACGGGAGAACAGGGUACUCGACCCUAAGAAGUCACAGAACAUAGCAAUACUUUUAAGAGCGUUAAACGUAACACGAGAUGAAGUGUCUGAAGCAAUUCUAGAUGGUAAUCCUGAAGCUUUGGGCGCUGAGCUCUUAGAAACUCUGGUGAAGAUGGCCCCGACCAAAGAAGAAGAACUAAAGCUAAGAGACUAUAGUGGUGACAUAUCAAAACUAGGGUCUGCGGAGAGAUUUCUGAAGGCGGUUCUUGAUAUACCCUUUUCCUUUAAAAGAGUUGAUGCAAUGCUAUACAGAGCCAAUUUUGAGACAGAGGUGAAAUACCUGAGGAAGUCUUUCCAAACCCUAGAGGCGGCAUGUGAAGAGUUGAAGAACAGUCGGCUAUUCCUCAAACUCCUCGAAGCUGUACUCAGAACAGGGAACAGAAUGAAUGUUGGCACAAAUCGUGGUGAUGCAAGAGCCUUUAAGCUUGAUACACUCUUAAAACUAGUGGAUAUCAAAGGAACCGAUGGGAAGACAACUUUGCUCCACUUUGUGGUCCAAGAGAUUACUAGAUCUGAAGAUGCAGGUUCUGAUCCUCCACUUGAGAAUAUUCCUAAUAAAAUGCAUCCAAAAGUGGAAGAGGAUUUCAGGAAGCAAGGAUUGCAGGUUGUCGCCGGACUGGGCAGAGAACUUGUGAAUGUCAAGAAAGCAGCAGGAAUGGACUCAGAUGUUCUAAGCAGUUAUGUUUCAAAACUUGAAAUGGGGCUUGAUAAAGUCAGGAUAGUUCUACACUAUGAGAAGUCAAAUACACAAGGAAAAUUCUUUGAGGCCAUGAAGCGGUUUCUUAAUGAGGCGGAAGAGGAGAUCCUUGGGGUGAAGGCUGAUGAAAGAAAAGUUCUAUGCCUCGUAAAAGAGGUCACACAAUAUUUUCAUGGAGAUGCAGCGAAGGAGGAAGCACAUCCUUUCAGAAUCUUUGUGAUUGUAAGAGAUUUCCUCUCGGUGUUGGAUCAGGUAUGCAAGGAAGUGGGGAAAAUGCAGGAGAGAACAAUGGUGGAUUCUACUAGAUCCUUCAGGAUAUCUGCAAAUGCUUCAUUACCAGUCCUCAACAGAUUCAAUACAAGACAGCAGCAUGGAAGUUCAGAUGAAGAAAGCUCAUCAUCUCCAUAAGAUUUUGUGAUGAUGGUGCACACUCCAUUUCUUUGGAUGCCAAAAUCAAUAUCUAAGGGCCCAUACCUACUGUUACUAGGAGUUUCUGCCCUUGACUUCUAUUUUCUUGAUCAAUCUAGUCCUUUUGACUUCCCAGAAAAAAAACGUUCUUCUAUAGUUUCAGAUGCCACGGUGGAGUAUGUGAUUCUUUCGAGUUCUUCACAAGUGUAAGGAUUUCUCUUGGUGUUGGACUGGGUAUGCUAUACAGCGAAAGAUGCCGGAGUGAAUAUAGUGGGUUCUAUUAAAUCCUCCAUGGAUAUGCAGGAGUUCAAUAGAAGGCAGGAUGGAAGUUCAUGUGGGAAUAAGUCUUGACCAAAGGUACUGCACUUGAAUUUCUUCAGAAGUCAUGCUAUUAACCCAAAUUCCAUUGGGCUGAUGAUAGAAAGAAAAAGGAAUUGUUCUGGUAGGAGAUUGAAUAGUUUGAGAUCACCUCUCCGGAUAGAAGAUGGAGAUUCUUAAUUCACAAGGAUUGCUUCCAGAAAGAGUUGAAAAAAUACUCUGACCCAGUAGAGGUAGCCUAUAAGAAAUCUAAAAAGAUGUGAAAGGUCAUAACUAAUAAAAAGACUUGGGAGGCUUUUGAUACCCAAGACCUACAGUUGGUGGGAAGAAUAAUUGUUCAUUGUACGGGAAUGGAUAAUAUAUCAAUUCACACAUUAUACUUGAACAACUCUACAUAGUUCAGAUAAUCUUUGA